AUGUCGCUCGUAAAUAAUGCGCAGGCAUUCGGCAACACCAACAAUAAAAGUGCCGCGUAUCCCUUUUUCGGCAAACAACAUGAUCAUAGUGACGAUAUUGAAUUGCCAAAGGACUUAAGGCUUCCUAAUAUUACGGUGGAUCAUAGAGAACCUGUAAUGCUUAUCGCUGGCGGCUAUCGACCCGAAAAGAAUAUACUAUCCAAGUAUGUUGUGUCCAUACGCACGUCCCGAUCGACUGCAUAUUUUGGUGAUAAUCACUUUUGUGCCGGCUCCAUAAUUUCAGAACGUUUGGUGCUCACUGCGGCGCAUUGCGUUGUUGACCGUCGUAAGAUGGUUACUCGUCCGCAUCGCCUGCUCGUCGUUGCUGGCGCUCCGAAUCGUUUACUUAGAAUUUCGACCACUGUUGAACGCAAGGUGCAAAAGGUCCUACCACACAAUCAAUUCGUAUGGAAAGGAGUGCAUGAUAUUGCGCUUUUGUUGCUGGCUAAACGCUUUCCGGACGAUAACGACAACAUCAAAGUAAUACCUCUGAUCAAUGAUUUUGUCACUCCCGGUACCGUGUGUCAAAUAGUUGGCUGGGGUCAGAUAUUUUUUCGUGGCCCAUAUUCGGCGAAUGCUUUAGUAGCAAAUGUAACAAUUUUUUCCUAUGAAUAUUGCCGAAAAGCCUAUCCACGCAUUUUUCAUGAGUCUAUGCUUUGUGCUGGCAGAGAGAAUGAGUGGGAUAUCGAUGCUUGCCGUGGUGAUUCCGGUGGUCCGUUGAUUUGCAAUGGACAUUUAGCCGCUAUUAUUUCGUGGGGUUCACAUUGUGGAGAAAACGGAAAGCCAACUGUUUUCACCAGUGUUCAUCAUCAUCGUGAAUGGAUAAAUUUUGCGAGUAAAGGAAAAUCAGUCACAGCGCUAAGUCGGCACUUUUUGUUAUUGAUAACAUUUGUGAAUAUUUUUUUCCAUUUAAGUAAUAUUUAA